GCUUUGAAGGAUCUACUUGCUAUCAAUUAACCAUAGAGUCUAGAUAAAUAUCUUUUUCUCUUAUAGUCUUUUCAUCCUUGAAGAUGAAAUCAAUUGAGGCCAAAGUCGUUGUUCUCGGAUCGCAGGGUGUGGGGAAGACCAGUGUGGUGAUUCGCUAUGUUGGAGGAAUGUUUAGUAAGGCUGUCAGUCCCACUAUAGGAGCCUCAUUCUUCACCUAUAAGAUGACACUAAAUAACUACAGGAUAAAACUCCAGGUUUGGGAUACAGCAGGACAGGAGAGAUUCAGGUCUAUGGCACCAAUGUACUACAGAAAGGCAAACGCUGCCAUGUUAAUCUAUGACCUGACAUCAGCUGAUAGUUUUUACGACAUCAAGGACUGGGUGAGCGAGUUGAAGAAGAACGUAGACACACCUAUAGUAAUGUGUUUAGUGGGCAACAAAUGUGAUCUGACUGACAACCGUGAGGUCACAACCAGUGAAGCGGAGGAAUAUGCCUCAAACAUUGGUGCACUCAACCAUGAAACAUCUGCCCUUAAAAACACAGGUAUAGACGAGGCCUUCCUUCAGGUGGCACAGCAGCUGAUCAAACUGUACGAGACCUCACCAAAUUCUGGCCUUCAUACAGUGGAUACAGCUACAAACCAAUCCACUACAGCUCCACAUCCUGCAGACACUGGAGAGGCAUUCCGUCUUUCCUCCCAAGCCACACCCCCUAGUGAAGGUUCAGGCUGUUCCUGCUGAUGGUGUGUCUGAUAGGAUUUUAAUUAAUUAUUGUGUCAUUGCUAGGGACUACAGAUUUUUGUCUGAAUUGUGUGAAUUAGAAUUUAGUGAAUAUGUUUUGGUAAAUAUUUACAGAUAUCCGAUACGUAAUAAGAAGUGUUGUUGAUCUGUCUGAUCAAUCCAAUAUUAUGGUAAAAGUUUAGAAUUUGACAUCUUCAUUUAAUAAAUAAAUUAUGAAGUAAAUUUAGAUAACUCAUAAAUCUUCAGUAAAAGGUUGAUGGAUUAAAAAACUGUUAAUGAAAUCUUUGUUAGGAAGGGCAGAUAAUUGUGUUAUUCAAUUUAAUAUAAACUAAAUGCAGGCAAUGCCUGGGGAGAAAUAGAUUCAGAAUUUUAUAUUCUGUUACUUCACAGGAAACACUAUCCAUCAGAGUUCAUGAAUAUUUCACAGGAACUCUGACAUCACUUAUUUUCAUAAAGGUUACCUGAGGUCAAUGAAGGUCAUGAAAGUUCAUCUGAGGUCAUUGUCACAAAGGUUACCUGAGGUCAAUGAAGGUCAUGAAAGUUCAUCUGAAAAUCUUUGAUUGCCAAAAGGUAUAUUUACGGUCAAUGAUGUUCAUGACAUCUCAUCUGAGGUCAUUGUAACAAAGGUAAUUGAUUAUGAUGUACAUGUUGAUAUGCCUGACUCUCGGUUAUAACAGCUGUAUAUAUAUUUAUAUAUAUAGCUUUAAUGCUUUUUGUCCCAACUGAUACUUUGUAUAUAUAAAUGUAUGUGAAAUAUUUUUCCUGAUGUUAUUGUUCUGUAUAAAAUCUAGGUAAGGUUUGCUACACUACCAGAAUGAACAAAGAAGACUUUAUCAUGAAAUGGCUCACAGUUUACUUGUCUAUAUGCUAAAGUAUACAGGUUUUUCUGUCCCUUCCUUCCCUUUCUCAGCCCUAUGUUUUACUGACUCUAAGGUUCAUACUGUGUUACAUAUCUACAUUUUACAACAAUGUGAAGUAAGUUUUUCCAACAUGAUUAUAUCACUCUUGUUAGUUGGCUAGAUAUCUUAUGAAAACUUGCAUGGUUGGGCAGGUGACCCUUACCUGUUCAUGUCCGUUCUGGAAAUCGAACCCUUGAUGUCGAGGUGCACCGCCCGAUCACACACUGUAUCAUUACGAUUGUCUUUAUAUCCGUUCCUGGCUUUAUCAUACUUAAUGAUAAUAAGGCCAUGUCUAGUAAUAAGUCCACCCUUAUCUAUUGAUGUUCUGUAGAAUUACCAACUAAUGCUGUAUUUAAUUGUCUGAAAUAAUAUUAUUAUUAUUAUUAUCAUUACAUUCUUACCGGCCGGUCAACACAUGAAAUGGCAUUAGGGCCAUCAAACGGUAAAACACAGCGAUCCAAAAGGAAAUAACAUUAAACAAUUUAAAAGGUAAAAGACAAAUGUUAAAAAUCUAAAAUCAUCACAAAAUAUUAAAAUGGUUAGUCAAAGUCUGUAGUACAGACCAACAUCUUUCAGAUGACCUAGAAUUUUAUAGAUUUCAGCAGUUUCAAAAAUGGUCUUAAGACUUGUAACAUUACGAUAAAAAUUUCUCGAGUCGACAGAAGGUCAAUGCAGUCUAAUAAAAACAGUGAAUGACACAUCGCAUCCUAUGCACCGAGGGUUAUCUUCGCCUUUCAACAUUAUAAGCCUGCCCAUGACUUUUUGUAUGCUUAAUACCAUUCAUUAAUGCUGAUAAAAAUGGUGGUUCCUGGGUAUGCUAGUGUUUUCAAACAUAUAUCUAGAAUAUUUACUUCGGUCAAAUAUUGAUGAAUUCAUCAAAUAUUUCAUUAAAUAUUUUAAAAAAUUAUAUGCACUCUCAUGAAGCUAGAAUUGAAUACAUUUUCAGAUAUUGCAAGCAAUUAAUUUUUUUCCAACUGGAUGUGAUACCUGGAAAUCUAUUCAGUAUAUAUAUAUAUAUAUAGUUACCAACCUAAGAAAAUAUUUCAUAAAAUUCAUAAACCAUCAUUUUAUCUGUUGACGUAAAAUUCCAAAAUAUUUUCCUGAAUAAUAUCCUGAAGAUUUCGGAUUAUAGAAAUACUUGUGACCUUUGUAAUGUUUAGUGUUUUAUAGCCGUACAAAAGGUUUCCUAGCAUUCCAUCUGUUGUAUUCAGUUAUAGUGUGUUCCGCCAGGGAUAGCUCAGUUGUUGGGAACGUUAGCUUACAUACAAUCCGUGUUCCCUAGUUCAAUGCUCCAGACCCGUGGCGGUUUGUAUUUCUCCGGAAACUGAGAAACGUACCGGUCUGUGUUGAAGUGAUUAUGUCUUUGGACAAGACACUUAACCCUAACUGCUCUGCAUGACAUGUGUCAAGUCUCCUGUAUGUUGUUCAGUGAGGUAGCCACCGUCUACUACAAUGAGACCCUGCCUGACACAGGUUGUUCACAGGGUGAUAAAACCCAGCAAACAAACCAUUGUGUAAUUCUACACGGGUUAAAAUGCUGAAAAUAUUCCAAAUGUUUUAUUUGAUGUUUUGACUGCCAUGUUUUUAGUUAUCUUUAUAACUGUCUCAUACAUUAUUGUGAUUGAUAUUAAUAUUUUAUAUAAUAUUAAGUUUUCAUUAUGGUUAGUCUAUCCCUGUAACUUAGUAAUUAGAAAUGUAUGUUAUGUACAAAACAAAAGUAAGACAGCUACGGUACAGCAUUAAUUUUUGUUUUUUUUUGGGGGGGAUGUUUCAUUCAGAAUUAAUGUGUAUGUACUGGUUUAGGCGUAAACAACAGUAAGACAGCUAGGAUACAGUAAAGCAUUAUUUUGUUUUU